AUGCCAAGGACCACAGUGCACCGCAGGCGGACCACAGGCUUGCACUCCUUUGGCAUUCUCAAGGUACCAGCAUGGCUUUGUGGCGAAGAAGAUCAAGACCAAAACCAAAGGGAAGUGAAUGGCUUCAACUGCAGCAUCCGCCCGAGCAUCGCAAUGAUUUGCCUUUCGGAUGCACUGACAUCUGCGGCCAUUUUCUCUUCCAUCGGAGUACCACUUGACGUACCUCUGAGAACCUUUGCUGCGGGAACGCUGGUGCUCUCGUUUCCAACCACAUGGUUCACAGACAGCGUUGCAAGGCAUUGCCAGGCCUUCGGACAGAGCGCAAGUCGAGGAGGCAUAAUGGCGGAGAUGAUGGCUACAGCAGGAGCCUUUUGUUGGCUCUCCUUCGGAACUCACCUCAUGAGCAUCUCUCACAAUGCUGGGCAGAAUGCCCCGCUGCUGUUCUGGAAUACCUUCAUACAGUGUACGGCUGCAUGGUCUUGCCUGACCUUUGCCAUGCUAACAUUGAUUGUCUCGACAGUCCUGACGCUCUCCAUGGGUCAGAAGCAGUGA